UCGCCUCCUGCUUCCAGAGACCAGUUUCCCUGGAAGCCGGGCGGCUUCUGUCAUCCUCCUCUUGUGAAACGUACCUGGGAACCACCCUUCCCAGACUCCCCCGAGAGCCUACCUCGCAAGGGCGUUGUUUGCCUACCUUGCAAGGGCGUUGUUUGCCUGCCCCAUAACCUCUGCAGCGCAUCCCCGUGCCCAAGGAGGGGGCACCGCUCGAGAGCUCGGCCCUCGCGCAGCCGCCCUGCGAGGGAGGCCGUGGCUGGCAGAGGGGUGUGGAGAGAGACGGGUUUUCGGCCAAGCUCGACUCAGGUGUGGGAGCUCACCCUGGACACCACCCUUCGCCGCCUUUCAGAUGUGUUGGGUUGCCGUUCCCACAGUCCUCAGGCUGGGGAUCAUGGGAGUCGUAACCAACUCAAGCAGGCGCACCAGCUUAGAUCUUCAAAAUCUGCCGUGUCGAGGUUUGGUCGACUGCUGUUUGGGCUGGCAAACUCCCGGGGGGCCCGGGGCACAGUAGCCCUGCAAUUCGCCUUGGCAGGAGGCAGAGGGUGGCCACGAAGUCUGAGCCGGGGCUUUAUCCAGUCCCGGCUUUGUGGCAGGAGGCCACCCUGCCCUCUGCACCCCGUGGCAGACUUCCUGUGGGCAGAGAAGGUCCCACCCUGAGUCAGACCUGCUGAGGGAGGUAUCCUGCCCGGUGAGUCAACAGGCACCUCCUGCCCGUCGGUUGGCACAAGGGGUGCUUGUGUGCCCCAGGCAGACAGUGCCCUGGGAAUGGGAUGAAUUCGGAGCAGGAUUUAGGUGAGAAAUUAACAGACUGCUUCUGCCUCCCCUGUUGUUUAAACCCGUCCUCAGGAUUCCUUCUAGAUGUUCAUAUAGAGGUAUAAAUUAGCAUAAGACGAUUGGAAUAACUGUGAAUUUGUGGCCCUCCUUUUUCCCCUUGCAAAGAACCGCAGGUGCCCAACAGCCCUGCGAGGCAGGCCAGGCCGUGACUGGUCCAGAGUCACUCAGGGGGCUUCGUGGCCGAGGGAGGGCUCAGUUCGUGAUUUCCUGGCCGACCGCUUUUGUGACUUUGCUAGACCUCUGUCCAGGCUUGAACCUAAUGCCCUGCGUUGCUCUCACCACUACACCUCACUCUCCUCAUGGUUUGCUGCUCUGGAAUUCCAACUAGCCAAGCAUCCCUGGGUGCAGCUAGAAACUUGCAUAAUGCUGCUAUUUAUUUCCGUAUCCAUUUGUAAGGCUCUGACUAAAUACAGAUCACAUCUAGAAAGUUUUGUGGGACGUGACGGUUUGCUCAGCCUUCUAAGUAACAGAGGUUAGCAAAGCAAAGCAAUUUCGGUGGAAUACCACGCAUUAGAAAAGUUUUUAUUUGCUGUUCUAGUCUCUUGGAACAGUCCCCGCAUUCCAGAUGUGUUAGACAACAACUCCCAUUAUCCCCAGCUAUGCUGGCUGUGGGAGGUGGGAGUUGUAGCCCAGCAUAUUCAGUGGGCACCAGGUCAGAGAGACCGGGGUUCAAAUCUGCAUGUCCUGAAGCUCAUUGGGGUGAUCUUUUGUUUAGGGCAGUAUCUGAGUCCAGACUCCCUUGCAGGGUUGUCGUAAGAAAAAGCUUAGGGGCAAGCAUAAUUGUAAAAGAAAAGUAAAAACCUGCCAUCCUGAUUGGACGCCCCCCACAAUUGCCCCAUGCCCUCCUCCCGAGCUUGCCCCGGCUGAGUCGGGGGUGCUCGGGUGUCUCGGCCCCUUUCCCCUUCGGAAAGCGGGCCCGGCGUGCCUCAACCAGUCGGCUGGGUCCGUGCCGAGCGGAGCGCCUCGCCCAGGGAGUGGGGCGGUGAACUGACGCCAUCGCCCCAUGCGGAAGGCCCGGGCGUGGCGCCCGCAGGUGUGCCCGGACGCUGUGGGGCAAGGCAGUGGCUCCCCCAGAACUAGGUCAGCGGGCCUGCGGAGGGCACGAGGUUCACGUGAAUCAGCAAGGCUGCUGCCUGUGACCCAUUUAUUUCUCUGUGGGCCUGAGAAUCCCCUGAAGGACGUGCCCGGAGGGCUGCACACCUGGGAGGUGAGGUGAGGUGAGGUGAGGUGAGAGCAGGGCCCCUCCCAGGCCUCUUGGGCCCGGGCAGGAACUCUGAGGCAUCUUCCUCUCCCGCUGCAGCCCCUCCGUAACAUGGGGCCCGAUCCAAUGGGCCGUCCUGCGUGAGAAGCGAACGAGGCUUGCCCCUUUGCAGGUGCUGACCGAGUCCAAACUGGCCGGGGAAGGAGAGCUUUGGGGCUGGGGUUGUGCCCUCUGGGGUGGCAUCCUAUGUCGGUCCUACGCAGGCCCAUCGAAAUGAAUGGAGCAAGUUAGGAUUCCGUUCAUGUCAGUGGGAAUCCACCCACCCGUCAUCCUUGCAUAUCUGUUGAGUCUCCGUUACGGUUCCAUGCUACCAAUUGCCGAAGCUCUGAGGUAGCCUUCUGUGAGCUGGACUUCAACACCCAUCACCCCCAGCCAGUAGGGUCAAUGUAAGAAUUGUCGGGAGUUGUAGCCUGGAGGGUCCCAAGUGGAGGAGGUUUGGGGAAGCCUGUGCAGGGGUGCUUACAAACCUCACACAGACUUUUUAGUAAGUUUUCUUUGAGGAGCUUUUGUCGGCUGCCAUGAUCACCUUUGAAUUUUGAACUGACCGGCCAAAUAUGGGAAAGCCGCAAGCAGGUCAGGAACACACUAACUCCCUCCUGCCCGUGCUCCCCAGGAACUGGUGUGCAUAGAGUGCCUCUGAGGCAGGAUUCAUGAGGACUAGCAGCCAUGCAUCACCUUUUCCUCCAGCAAUUUGUCCAGUCCCAUUUCCAGAUCGGUGGCCAUCGUGAAAUCUUGGCAAGCAUUCCAGGAAGCACCUUCAGUGGGUGAGCGGAGCCAAGACAAAAGGAGCAGGAACAGAAUCCAGGGAGAUUUUAGCCGAAAGCCCCACCUGCCUUUAACUAAAGCUUUGGCGUGGCAUUUUGACUUUUUGGAAUGGGAAAGAAACAGCGAUGCGAUACAGAGCAGCCGGAUUUGGGCUCAGAACCAGAAGUUCAACUCAAGUUACACCCGUAAGGAUCUUGCCAUAUUUUUAACGUCUGGCACCGAGGAUGCGUCACUCUUGUCUGCCUCGUCAGGGUUUCGGAUCAGGGAAAGAUGCUUCAGCCGCAUGUGUGAAUAACCCAGGGCUGCAGGGGUGCCGACGUCCACCUGGGCCUGGCAGGCUCACCUGGGCCCACAGGUGCUCCUCACAGCAUCCUUCUGCAAAAACCAUAUAGCCGAGGUGUGACUGACUGGCUAGGUAUCAUUUUGAAAAACAGUGAAAACAUUUUAAGUCACAGAAUGGAGUAAUCCCCACCCCCCCGUAAAUGUGUUUUAUAUUAAUGCACCAGAAGCCAACUCCUUUUGGUUGCGAAUCAGCAUUGGGUUCUGAUUCCACAAAGCAGAAGCACGUGUGUCAUUUGUAAUCAGGUUUGGCAACCGGCUUUUGGCCUGUUUAUUUUAACGUAUUAGUAGCGUAGAAGGAAUUGUGAAGUUUGGGCCUGGGCCGAGGGGGAAGAGAAUGAAAAAAUCUGCUAGCUGCGGUGUUGUUCCAGGAUGUCAGCCAGCCAGACCCUCUUCCAAGCUGCUCCAUUCCAUUCCUCCAAUUUCACCUUCCCCCUGCUAGCAAGUCUCAGAGCUUGCUCAUUCCUCCUUGGGCCGUUUGGGGUCAUUUUCCCUGCUAAAAGCCUUAAUUUUUACUUUAUUUGGUACUUCUAAAGAUACUGGGGCUUUCCAAUGCUUGUUGAACGUCUACCCUCUGCAUGGAUUAGGUCGUUCUGGCAAAAUAAGCAGAACUCCAGGCCUCGGUGUUUUAUAAGCAAAGAAUCACGUUCUCCUGCUGUUGCUGGCAUUGGAUUUUAUUUUAUUUAUUUAUUGUUUGUUUGUUUGUUUUGAGACGCUGUUAAGGAUGGGGUAGAAAUGCUGUAAAUAAUAACAACUGGCAAUUUUGGCGAGAAGAUGCCCUCUGUCGUCUCGCUGCCAUUUCACCAGCUCUUCCUCUUCUCCUGGCUGGCUUGGCAGACAGGAAACAAGUCCGGGGGCUUUUACCUGCAAGCCCCUGCAAGUGUUCAGGCAUGGCGAUGUUUUUGCCCCCCUGCACAUUUCCUUUGAAUGCAUUUUCAUAUAUCUCACGCAUUUAAAGAAAGAAGCAUCAAAGGGGAACCGGGUCACCUCCUCUGCUGCCUCCCCCACACUACCCUGGAGCAUGUGCAGAGUGCUUUCUCCCUCCCCGGCCAGAUUCUGUGCCACAUCGGUGGCUUCGGAGCAGUGCCAACUCCCGUGCGUGUCUCCUCGGGAAGCAGGGAAAUCUCUCUCUCUCUCUCAUGUUCCCCUCCUUCUCCACAGAAAUACCCCUCCGACCCGGGGGCCGGAAGCAGCAGCUCCCGUUCCAGCGGCUUCAUUCCCAACCUCAACACCAUCACCAGCAGCCACAACCUCCAGUGGAUGGUCCAGCCCACAAUCAUGGGCACUUCACCGGGCCUCCCCCCGUACCCGCGUCCCUACCGCUGCCCGCAUUUCGCUGCCGGAAUGCGGCCGGGCGUGAUCCGCACCACGGGCCCGAUCCUCACCCCUCGGCGGCGCCAUUCAGAGCACCUGACGCCCGAAGAAGAGGAGCGACGCCGGUUACGUCGGGAGAGGAACAAACUGGCAGCCGCCAAAUGCCGGAACCGCCGGAAAGAAUUAACAGACACUCUGCAAGCCGAGACAGAUGAACUGGAGGCCGAGCAGUCCGGGCUUCGGAAGGAGAUCGCCGAGUUGCAGAAGCAGAAGGAACGCCUGGAACUUGUCCUGGAGGCCCAUCGUCCGGUCUGCAAAGUCCCAGGGGAGUCCUCGGGCGAAGAGGACAAGGCCCGGGGCCACCCGGAAGCUUCCGACCAGCCUCCCGUGAAGCGGGAGUCCCCGCCGGGGCCCAGCAUCUCCCGCCGGGCUGCCCCGGUGCCCCCGAGCAUCACCUUGCCCCCCAGCGAGACGCUGGAGCCCGAAGCUUUGCACACCCCAACGCUGAUGUCCACACCCUCGCUCACCCCCUUCACUCCGAGCCUGGUCUUCACUUAUCCCACGCCGGGAGACCCCGACAUGCCAGCCGGAUCCAGCUUCGCGUCCGAGCCCUGCUCCUCUGCCCACAGACGCAGCAGCAGCGGCGACCACUCCUCCGAUUCGCUCAGCUCCCCGACUCUGCUGGCCCUCUGAGGACCUCGAGCAGGACGUAUGUCUUUUCGGCCUAGAACAUUUUUCCUCAAGGUGGCUGGCUUCUCGCCCUUUCUGCUGUUCCAACACCCCUCUGGCCACGCAGAUUUUUGGGGGCCUCACUUUCCUUGCCACCCAGCACAGACUUGUAGGUCUCUAACUCUUGCAUGUUAAUGCUAGAGACAAGCUGCUAGUCCUCAGGAAUGACCAGAAAAUCCUUCUGCUUUGAGGAAGCAUGUCCUUAUUCCAAAGCACCAGGACUCUGACCCUUAUCCGUGCUUUACACUUUAAAACCCCCGAAACGUACUCCUGUUAUUUUUAAAAUUCCAUUUACUUCAUAUACUUUUCUUCUCAAAGCAGCACUGUACUGUUAUCAAAAUUUGCAUUCUCUUUCACACUAGGCACAAGAGUUGGGGACAAAAUUGCCCCCACUUUCACUGUUUGGACUGAUCGCAUCACCCAGAAAUUAUCUAUAGCCUCCUGGAUGAGGUGGGAUAGCUGUUUAUUUCUCCCACUGAUGGAGCUGGUUGAACAUAGUUUAUAUUGUUGUUAUUACCAUAAAUGUUUCCCCCUCUCCUUCUUUAUUUCUUGUGGAAAUAAUUGCAUUAAAGAUUACCAUCAGCA